GAAUCGCUAGUAUUCGCGUCGAAGAUCAAAAAUAGGGUGACCACCAAACAGAUCGACAUUGGCGGACAAAAUACCGCUCAGUCGGGAGCGUUUGAGAGGGACACUACUAAACUGGCACUUUCUGGAGUCGGGAUUGAGUUAAACACUGAAUACGAGCCGUUUAACAUCGACGGCCACUUUGACCACGACAUGAAUGUGAGGCGUCUAUUGUCUGAACUACUACUGGAGGACUGCGCGGACACAACUGUCCAGCGAUGCAGUGGUGGCGAACAGAAGCGCCUAACUGUUGGCCUGGAGUUAGUCCAACAAAUCAAGCCUAACCUCCUAUGCAUUGACGAACCGACCAGUGGUUUAGACAGCAAUUCAUCUGAAAUUGUAAUCCAGUGUUUAAAACGCCUGACAGAGAAACACUCGAUGGCAAUCGUGACGUCAAUACAUCAGCCAAACUCACUAAUACUGGCGAUGUUUGACCGGUUGUACGUCCUCUCAAAGGGCGGUCAUUGUGUGUUUGCCGGACCGCCCACUCAGCUCAGGGCACAUCUCAACAGCUGCGGCAUCGAAUGUCCCUCACAUUUUGCCCCAAUUGAACUCAUAUUAAAAAUUGCAUCAAACUUUCCGAAUAAAGCACUGCUG